GUAUCAAACACAAUAGAGCCGCGACCGGCGAGGCCCCGCUAGCUCUCUCCUGGCAGCAUGUACGCCAACAACGUGAGCAACCUCGACCAGAUCCUGUCGUCGCUGCAGUGCUACCCGCAAAGUUCUCGCGUGCGUGGCGACGUGUACAACCUCCUGGGCCAGAUCCCGUCGCUGCAGCCCAAUUGCGGCACCUUCGCACACAAUGACGGCACGACCAGCACGCUGCUCAACCUGGAGGGCACCAUCCCCAUCUUCUACCGGGGCAGCCAGUACAACAUCCCCGUCGAGUUCUGGGUCGUGGAGACGUACCCGCUGGCCCCGCCCGUAUGCUUCGUGCGCCCCACCGCCGACAUGAUGGUCAAGCCCGGCCACCCGCACGUGACGAGCGACGGCUACGUCAAGAUCCCCUACACGUCGGACUGGAGGCCGGACUUUACGCUGCUGGAGCUGGUGGCACACAUGUGCUCCAUCUUCGGCAACAUGCCGCCGGUCUUCCGUCGGCCGGCCAACGCGUCCGGCAGGCCCGCGGCCAGAGCCAACGGCAGCAGCGGAACGGGCGGGUACUUCCAGCAGGGCUCCUACGCGCAGUCGCACCCGCCGCAGCCGUCGCCCUACUAUUCGUCGCAGUUCACGAGAGCACAGGACCUGUCGGCGUCGGGCGGGCCGCGUGAGGCCGCUGAAUCGCUCUUCGGCAGCAGCCAGCAGUCGAUGGGGGCAGCGCCGUCGUCCAUGUCGUCGUCUGGACGGGCGUCGGGGGAGCUGAGGCCCGAGGACCGCGCUGCGGCGCUGAGGGCGGAGAUCACAGGCAAAGUCCAGAUGCAGCUGGAGAAGACGUUUAAGCGCGUGCGGGACGACAUCGACCUGCAGUUCGAGCACGAGGUUCAGCUCACACAGUCGCGGGAAGACGUGGAGCGCGGGCUGCAGUCGCUGCGCUUCU